CGGGAGACGCGUCCACAGCGGCGGGGCCAGCGGCGGACUCGCGGACGGACGGACGGGCGGCGGCGGCGCGGGGGAGCCCCCGAAGUAGAGCAGCUGCGCCAUUGUCUGCACCCAAUCGCCAGUGUUUGUCUGCCUAGGCCUGGGUGACUGUUGUCAACACUGUAGAUAAGCCGGCUCCCAGCUGUCGCAGCAGAUUAUCACUCACUUAAGGACCCAGAAGCACUCUCGGAGGUCAAGGUCCUGAGCCAGAGCCACAGACCCGCCUUGGCUUCACAGCUGCUCUGCUGACGUUCAGCCCCAUCAGCCUGGAUUGGUGAACUCCAGUCAGAAGAGAUUUCUCCAGGUUUGCUGGGAUGGGAAACCUGCUCAAAGUCCUUACCAGGGAAAUUGAAAACUAUCCGCAUUUUUUCCUGGAUUUUGAAAAUGCUCAGCCCACAGAAGGAGAGAGAGAAAUAUGGAACCAGAUCAGCGCUGUGCUCCAGGAUUCUGAGAGUAUCCUCACAGACCUACAGGCUUAUAAGGGAGCAGGACCAGAGAUCCGAGAGGCAAUUCAAAAUCCUAAUGACAUUCAGCUUCAAGAAAAAGCUUGGAAUGCUGUGUGUCCUCUAGUUGUAAGGCUAAAGCGAUUUUAUGAGUUUUCCAUAAGACUAGAAAAAGCUCUUCAGAGUUUAUUAGAAUCUCUGACCUGUCCACCCUACACGCCAACCCAACACCUGGAGCGGGAACAGGCCCUGGCAAAAGAGUUUGCGGAAAUUCUUCAUUUUACCCUUCGAUUCGAUGAGCUGAAGAUGAGGAACCCAGCUAUACAGAACGAUUUCAGCUACUACCGAAGGACAAUAAGUCGCAAUCGUAUCAACAAUAUGCAUCUAGACAUUGAGAAUGAAGUCAAUAAUGAGAUGGCCAACAGAAUGUCCCUCUUCUAUGCAGAAGCCACACCCAUGCUGAAAACCCUUAGCAAUGCCACAAUGCACUUUGUCUCUGAAAACAAAACUCUGCCAAUAGAGAACACCACAGACUGCCUCAGCACCAUGACAAGUGUUUGUAAAGUCAUGCUGGAAACCCCGGAGUACAGGAGUAGGUUUACAAGCGAGGAGACGCUGAUGUUCUGCAUGAGGGUGAUGGUGGGCGUCAUCAUCCUCUAUGACCACGUCCACCCCGUGGGAGCUUUCUGCAAGACAUCCAAGAUUGAUAUGAAAGGCUGCAUAAAGGUUUUGAAGGAGCAGGCCCCGGACAGCGUGGAGGGGCUGCUGAAUGCCCUCAGGUUCACUACAAAGCACUUGAAUGACGAAUCGACUUCCAAACAGAUUCGAGCAAUGCUCCAGUAGAGCUGUAUUCAAAGAAGAGGAUCUAUGUACUGACCUCAGAAGAUGUAUAUGUUUACAUAAUUUAAUACAGAUUGAUGUUAAUACUUGUGUAUUUACAUAACCGUUUCCUUCUUGUCACUGAAAUAUAUGGACCUUAAUUUGUAUCUUGACUCACUCAACCCAGCAGAGCAGAAAUUGACUUGAGAGCCUUACCUUUGAUGUCUAAAACAAAACCCUCUUCUCCAAAGGCAGAAUUUGGAGACUUUUGAUUUUUGUUACUGGACUCCUUUAACUACACCUAUAACAACCAGAAAUCCCUAAUAGUUUGUAGUAGUAUUUUAAUUCUAGAUCUGUAAUCUCUCUGAGGAGUUAUAGUUAUAGAAAUGCAGUCUUUGAUUUCCCGUGUUAGCUCAGCUGCAAGAAACACAGGUGUUACCCUGACAUAGGGAGAGAGGAAUUAGAGAGAAGAAAAUGCAUGUGGAGACUCAAACCCAAGUGUUUUGAAUUCAGCACAACAACACCCCCCCUUUUCCUCAAACCACAGUGCAACUUUUUAAUUUGCACAUAUAUUAUUUAUUGUCAUAUUCUCUUACUGUCAAAAUUUACAUGCCUCUAAUAUUCUCCUUGGGGUUUGCAAGGAGAAACUUACCUAUGUUUGAAGCAGUUAGUAGGAAAUAAGUGAGAAUAGAUAGAUGUAUUGUUGAGGCUGGGUGAAUGAAGGUGGUUAACCUGAAAACAGGGUUAAUAUAGAAAAGGAACAUCUAAGCUGCAGGAUACUUCUCUCUUGCUUCAACUCUGUAUACAGCAGGGAUGGGGAACAGCCAAUCAUCAGGUCUGAUGAGAUCCAUUGAAAUCAUGUGGUCUGAUCCUGUACAGAAUGGGACAGAUGUAUGCUUUUCAUAGGUUACCUGUGGUCUGUCCUUCUAUAUUGCAUGGCCAUAAAUAUUAUGAAUAUUCAAAUACCCCCUGGCAGAAAAAAAAGGUCCUUCCCUCUAUUCCCCAGGUCUAUAAUGGCAGGAACCCUGGCUUUGAAAUUGAAAGGUAAACUUGCCUGAACUCCAAUUAUCUGUGGAGUGCUGGAUGCAUAAUUCUUCCUCUUCUCUAUAGACCGUGUAUGUGGUAGCAGAGGUUCUAGAACCACAUUAGUUACUAUAAACUGAGGAUCUGGAGAGGAGGAAGCAUUUGCAUUAUUUGAUUACUUAUGAUUUAAAGGGCAGGUCCUUCUCACUCUCACUGCUAGCUUGUUGUAAUGUGCAAAACUCUGGUCUGAGGACUUAGGUUCAUGCCUAGCCCUAAUGAUACAUGGCCUGACUUCGGAAUUUAUCUAAGCUCUCUGUGUAUCACCUUCCCUGAUUAUAUAGUAGGAAAUUAAAGCAAACCAUCUCCAAGAUUCUUAUAAGGCUAUGAGUCAAUAAAAUGACUAUUCUCACAUUCCUUGAUAAGUAGGGUCUAAUAAGUAUUAUCACACCUCAUUUUAAUGAUUAACAACAUCAGAAGGCCUAUCUAUAGUCAUUCUGUCUUCAUAUCCAAGCUUAGAAGGGAACCCUGUUAAUUUUCCAUUUUGAUAUUCAGUGGAUAAAAUAGACAAUAGAUCAUGUCAGACAGGAUCACCUCGAUGUAGGACUGGAUCCCAAACUUCCUCAACCUUCACUCCAUGCUUUUUCCUUUUCACCAUGUGGCCUAUGCAUAUAUCCUAAGGGAUAAGACUGGACACUUUUAAAUAAACCUUCUUGGUGGCCUGUAUAAUUACUUGCCAAUUUCCGAUAGAAGGAAAUAGUGCUAGUGAGUGACAGUUCUGGAAGUUGGGUCUGGGAAGAUCACGGUUUGGUAUCACUCACAAUAUUUCAGAAAUGAGCCAUUAGAUACUAUUGCUUUCUUGACAUCAGGGGCCAGCUUACUUUCCCUGGAGUCCUGUAAGACAAGGGGAGACAUAUUGUUUUGUUUUAUCUUUAACAAAGAAAUCUACUCCAGUGACAGAUUUACUGGUCUGCAUCUAAGUGUCAGUCAACUAGGAGAAAAAAAAGGCUCUUUCUUUAGGACUUUCCAAGAUGAACAUGUCCAGCUCUUUGGAUAAGAUUCUCUUAUCAGAACAGAAAUAUGCUAGAUGGUUUCCAAACCUAGGGAUUCUAAGUUCUGAGAGAAAUCCAUAAAGUGGAGCAAUUUAUAAAAUAUGCAGCUUGAGAAAUGUUCUCUUUGGUAGCCUGUGAUAGUGAUGAGCCUAGCUUGUGGGUAGCUAUAACUUGAGCAUCCUUGACAUCUGUCGGGAUUAGAAGCAAAGAGAAACUCAGUGUUGCUCACAUUGAGUUCAGUUCCUUCUUCAUCAUUGAGGAGAUUUGGGGAGGUAAAUGGGCAUGCGGAAUAAAUAGUUGAAUAGAUUUAUCAUUUUUAUUUAGGAUUUCUAUUAAAUUGGACCAAACCUAGGAGAAGGCUGCUGGCCUGCCACAGUUUAAUCAAGCCAUCUACUUCAAAGCCAGAUUCAUGUGUACAUGGAUUCUUAACAGCCCAGGCCCUGAACUAUUGCCUCUGAUUACCAGGAGGAUAGAUUAAUUGAAUGUCUGUGAUCACUAGUAAGUGAUGGGCCUUUGCCCACUCUAGAGCACUUGUGGGAGACAAAUUCUUUUAAUAUGCUGUCCUCUAGGCAUUAGGAGUCUUUCAACAAUCAUGUUUGUGUGUGUAUGUGCUGCAUGCACAUGUGUCCAAGACUCACGGAUGGCGAAAGGGAAUGUGCUGGAGAUGCAUCCAUGUCGGUGUUAACUCUUUCAUAGUUGGUGUCUCAUAGGUUUCAAAUAAACAGUGUUUUCCAUUACUCAGAUAUUUAUUUUUGGGCAAACAACAAGGUGAAAAUAACUUUUCUUGGAUGCACUGCUACAUUGGCAUUAUAACUUCAUUCUCGGUAACAGUUUAUGUGCCACUAGGAGUUGGUAGUAAACAAAAGUUAAGGUGGAUAUGGGUAUUUUAAAUUGUAGUGACCCCUUAGGACUAGAGUUUUAACAGAACAGCCUGGAUGCUAUAUUUUAACAGUUACUUAAUAUUAUGUUUCAUCAAUAUUCAUUCCUAGGGAUUGCUAUUAUGUUAAGAUAAAAGUAAACUGAGGAUUUUUUCGAUGCAUCAUUUCACUCAAGUAAAAAUAAUUUCAUGCUUCCUCAAAAGACAAAUUAGACCUAUUCAAUCUUAGGAACCAAUUGUGAUGUACAAUUCAGUGACUUCUGAUUUAAUCUUGUAGCCUAGCAGCUAUAACUUUUUCCAGAUAUUACAAAAAACAUCGGAAUUUUAUCUUAAGAAAGCAACAUCAGUGCAACCCAGUGUCCCCACUAUAUUGUUAAAGGCUGUUGCAUACACAAAGCUGUUUUGAAGUUGUCAUAUGUUGUUUGCAAAGUCAUUGUAAUUUUUUGCCUGCUUUUCCUCUUUUUGUACAGAAGUUUUCCGUGUGAAAUUAAAAUUAAAAUUUGGUACAUAUAUUUAAAAACACACCUCUAUUUAAUGUGAUGCUCAAGUUUGAAUGCAUGAUAAACACACAGUCAGAUGUACUUGCUAAAGGCUUAUAUUUGCUUAACAGCUGCUCUGAGGAUCAGGAAAUCACCAUGUGCUCUUUACCUCUUUAAGGCUUAGUUUCUUCAUAAGUAGCACCAAAUAUCCAAAAUAUACUGCUAUGGGUACCAGCUAUAUUUUUAUUAUUUCACCGAAAACAUUUUAUUAGACAAAGACAUCAAAUAAACAGGACAUGAGUGAUAUUGAGAGAACAUUAGACUAUUUUUCCAAGUAUAUUAAGAAACCUGAACAAAUUUAUUUCCAUAUUUUGAAUGCAUAAUAUUUUAUGGGUUUAGAAAAAUAAGCAAAUAAUCUAUUCCCUAUAAAAAAUUUUGUCAACUCAAGCUCUAAAGUUAUUGUUUUAACCACUGAAAAUGGAAACAUCUAGAGUAUGACUUUUUUGUUUUGUUUUGGAGAUACACCCAAUGGUGCUUACUCCUGGCUUUGUGCUCAUGCAUCACUCCUGGCAGAUUUGGGGGACCAUAUGUGGUGUUUGGGAUUGAACUUGGGUUGGCCAUAUGCAAGGCAAGUGCCCCAUCUGCUAUUUCUCCAGCCCCUAGAGCAUUACUUUGAAUCUCUUCCUCUUUUAAACUGUUGUCUAAUUGUGUGUACAUUGGUCAAGAUCUCCAAGAGAGCCCUUCCAUGGCGACAAAGACAAAGGCACAAUGAUUAAGACUAAUUAGGAUUCAUUGGGAAAUGAAUAAAAAUGGGAAAUGUGCUGUCAGCUGACACAUAAAUGAUAAGCAAAAGAUGAAAGAAGUGGAAAGGAAAGUGGAGGAUGAGAAUGAGAAUAAAUGUGCAUGUUUUUAAUUAAAUGAGUAUUGGGAGUCAAUGACAUGGAGAAUAAAUGAGAAGCAGAGUAUAUGUUUAGUAGAAUGUAAUUGGCAAGUAGAGUAUAAUUGACAAAAGAGUUACAGUUAAUGAGGAAUUGACUAAUUUUAUAGCCAGAAAUUUGAUGGUUAAUUGUAUUCUCUUGGAAGGUUAGGGGUGAAGAAGUUAGCUGUUCACAUUUAUAAAACCUAGAAAUACUUACAAUCCUAUUCAUACCUAAUUUUAUGCCUAGGUGUAUCAGUGAGUAAAAGUAUAGAAAUUAUCUGUUUGAGUGACUAACAUACUGUAUAUUUAGCAACCACAAAUUAAAAAUAUGACUUUAUUUACAUUUUUAUAUGCA